GUCCACAGGCUGUUCAUGAGACUUCACUGAUGGGUGAAGGCCCCUCUCGGGUGUUAGUACAUGAGCAGAAUAUCCUGGCUCGGUUCUCCAUCCACGGACCUUGCACCUCCCAGGCAGCAGAACUCUAACGCUAGGCAAACUCAACCAUAAACAAUGUCGCCAGCUCAAGCACAGUCAGCUCUAGCACCAAUAUGUAUCAAAUACUGGGAACAUUCCGGGAACAAGAAGCACAUGGUGUUUUUACAGGAACAGCGCGGGAGAAGGACACAGUCAGGAUAAUAUUGCAAAGAAAUGCACUUGUUGAUACUUUGGUAUUCACAUGAGAAAAAUGCUCGGUGUUGCAUGUUGGUAAAGAUACGUAAGCUUUGUUGCUUUGUCCGCUGUUACAUUGGGGUAUGUUCCCAUGAGUCAAAGAUAUAAAACGCUGUGCUGUGCCUUGAAUAAACGGAGCUUCACCAUCUUGUCUCCCUGCCUCUCACUGCUCGGCGCAGGGUAUCAGGAACUAAGCUGGCCUUAGCAUUCCUGGGGAGGAAGAGUUUAAGACUCUCACAGCCACUGAGCUGGACGCGUGCAAGUGGCACCCAACAUGGGGCUGCAUUGCUGCCAUGAAGCCGAUCGGGGCUGCAGAGAGUAAGACAGCUGCAUGAAACAGUCGGGAAUCAUCUGGACAAAGAAGACUCGACACCCACUCAGACACCGAGGUCUGUUGGAGCCAGGGAGGACCUGACGAGUAGCUGUUGAAAGAUUACAGAUGAAGGAGAAAUCUGGGUUAGAAGUAAAGAUGUCAGACUUAUACAUUCAAAACAAGAAGAAAAGAAGAAGGAUGGCCAAACGACGGAGGAGCAGUAGGAGAAAGGAUGAAAGAAACAAGUUGUACACAGUCACUUACAUGAUACUGACAACACUCAUAUUAGGUUUGCAGAUAACACAAACUGUAGCUGAAGAGAAUACAACUAGAUGGGCUUUUGUGACAAAACCACCUUGGCCCAGGGUAGUUACGUGGGAAGAAACUCUCCCAGAAGUGAUAUUACAAGGCAGUGUUUCACAGGGAUUAGGUAAAGAGUUUAAUUUUGUUUCAACAGGCAAUAAUUCAAAACCCACAAUAAAGUUUAAUUUUACAGGAUUAGCUUUAGCUCCACCAUUGUGUGUCACAAAGACAAAUAACACUCGAAAUAUUUGUGUACAAUUAAAGAAUCUUACAUUUCGAUUUGAAGGUACUCAAUUUAAUGAGACAGGGCCAACAAAAUCUAUCAUGCACUUUCAACAUUUCAACAUCACGAUGUUGGGUAUCAAAGGACAGUGGUGUGACAAUUCCACACCAAUAAUGAGGCCUACCAAAUAUUCUCCUUGUUAUUUGGCUAUGUGGCCAGACAAGAAGGAAUACCCACCCUGGUUGGACUGUGUUACUGCUGAAAGACAUUGUAUCAACAUCAAUGGCACAACUUUACAAUCCUGGCAUAAUUAUACUAAAGACAUUAAUGACAGUCACACCUACUCCCCAGCCUUUGGGGGAUAUCCUAAACCUGCUUGGAUUUUGCUUAAUGGUAAAGUUGAAGAUCAGUUGUGGAAGGCAUGGGCAGCACUCGGGCCUAUCCAUUUAACCUCAGCAUGGAAGAGACAGGAAUCGGCAUCAUUUUCCGACGUCGCCUGUGCUCAAGCUUGUUUACUGGGACAAUUUGCAUUCAUGUGGGGAAAAGAAAAUAACAUCACUAUCACAAAAUUGGACUCUGGUGAAUAUAAUGUUACUUGUAUGAAUUGUAGUGUGUCAGAAUGUAGAGGGUCGAAGAUAAAUGAUCAAUUGAUAUUUAUCGUAACACAACAGAAAUUUGCCCUUAUACCUGUGAAAAGCAAAGAAUGGUAUCAUACUAGGGCUGAUCAUAUUUUUGGUAUUAUAGAACACAAAAGUGACUUAGUUUUAAGAAGACAAAAGAGGUGUAUUUCUUGCGUUGCUUUGGGCAUUGUUUCAUUAAUAGCUUUGAUUUCUUCUACUGUCUCUAUAGCACUGUCAAUUUCCACUGUUCAAAAUGAAAUUGUUCAAGUUGAAUUUUUGAAUGAACUUGCAAAAAAUGUAUCUAUAGGCUUUGCUACACAAAAACACAUUGAUACUAACUUUUAUCACAUCUUAGAGGGUAUGAAAGAAACAAUAAUUGAAAUAGGUGAUGAAUUGGAUAUUCUUGAAUAUUGUACUCAUUUACAAUGUGAUUGAUUAUAGGUUCCAAUUUAUGUGUCUUACCAAUGUUGUGUAUAAUUCAUCUCAAUGGGACUGGAUGAGGAUACGUAGACAUUUGAAUGGAUUGUUUGAAAAUUCUACAUUGUCAUUGGACAUUGAUGAGUUGUAUCACAUUGCUCAAGAAAUUUCACAUGCAGCUGAUAGGGAUCUAAUGCCUGAGAAAACGGCACAACAUAUUAUAUAUUGGAUAGAUAAGAUCAAAACUCCCUUUUCCAAUAUGGCUCAUACAAUCACAUCUAUUGUGACUGCAGUAAUUCCUAUUAUUCUUUUUGUUCUUAUCUUGCUUUGUUGUACUCCGUGCUUACUCCAAUGUAUAACCAGGCUGUUAAACAAUAUAUAUACUGAUAUGCAUACACUGAAACUGCGACAAAAGCAAAAAGGGGGAAUUGUUAGGGAUCUGUAGGACGUUGAGGUCCACAGGCUGUUCAUGAGACUUCACUGAUGGGUGAAGGCCCCUCUCGGGUGUUAGUACAUGAGCAGAAUAUCCUGGCUCGGUUCUCCAUCCACGGACCUUGCACCUCCCAGGCAGCAGAACUCUAACGCUAGGCAAACUCAACCAUAAACAAUGUCGCCAGCUCAAGCACAGUCAGCUCUAGCACCAAUAUGUAUCAAAUACUGGGAACAUUCCGGGAACAAGAAGCACAUGGUGUUUUUACGGGAACAGCCCGGGAGAAGGACACAGUCAGGAUAAUGUUGCAAAGAAAUGCACUUGUUGAUACUUUGAUUGGUAUUCACAUGAGAAAAAUGCUCGGUGUUGCAUGUUGGUAAAGAUAUGUAAACUUUGUUGCUUUGUCCGCUGUUACAUUGGGGUAUGUUCCCAUGAGUCAAAAAGGUAUAAAACGCUGUGCUGUGCCUUGAAUAAACGGAGCUUCACCAUCUUGUCUCCCUGCCUCUCACUGCUCGGCGCAGGGUAUCAGGAACUAAGCUGGCCUUAGCAUUCCUGGGGAGGAAGAGUUUAAGACUCUCACAGCCACUGAGCUGGACGCGCACAGGCUUCAGACCAGUUCAUAUUCCCUUUUGUUGUUGCAGAUGUGGG